GGCAUAUGUAUGUCAGCUGUAGCAUGUAGGAGCUCAUCGAUGCAUCGUCUGCGUUGAAAGGUGCUGUCCCAUGCCAUAAGCUGGCUGCGAGCUGUCUUCUACAGUCUACUCUGCGCAUUGAGAUGGACAAUCCGUCUGCCUCGACGGAUGCGAUGCUACAGAUAUCGGAGGGUGUAUGCGUCCUCACACACGACGCUCUGUGCGUGAACGACAUUGUGCAGUCAGUAGGGGAUGAUCGCGCGGGCGCAACGGCCGUCUUCAUCGGCACGACUCGCAAUUACUUCAAGGGCCAAGUCGUUACACGCUUAGACUACCAGGCUUACAGCAAGCUCGCCAUCAAGACGAUGGCAGACAUCAUCCGCGCCGCACACGCAAACCAUUCACGCUCCUCUCACCACCCCGAGCAGUCCCAUGUCACAUCGCUCAUCCGGUCCGCGGUGUACCACCGUCUGGGGACCGUCCCCGUCGGCGAGCCGUCCAUCGUGAUAGCGGUAUCCUCCCCGCACCGCAAGGAGGCGUUCGCAGCCUGCGAGUUCAUACUAGAAGAAGUGAAGCAGAAAGUGCAGAUCUGGAAGCGGGAGUUUUACGAGGGCGAGCGCGAGGAGGACGCAGAGUGGAAAGCAAACAGUACUGUAUGAAUAGAUACGAGAUGGCGAUGGGAAGUAUAGAAGUCCGACGCUGUGGGAGUGCUGGAUGUGGUGUCAUUAUAUGUCGUACCGUAAUCAUGCAGAUAGGGUCGUGCGCGGAGGGCGAGAGGCGAGGUCUCGGAACAAUCAAUCCACC